UAAAAUUGGCUGAGAGCCAAGCUUGCUGGAGGAGCCAAGCUGUCUCAGCUGCCUCAGCGGCAAGCAAUGAUGGCGCGACGAAUCGAGCUGUUGCUGCUGGCACUCGUCUCCGCAAGCGCACUGGUCGCACCGAUUCGACGGGCAGUUCCGCGCGCUGCGCUGCGAUCAACACCACCUGAGAGUGGUGCUGGCGCCAGCACAGCCAGCUCGGACGCGCCCGCGGGCGGUGACGCUGGUCCUGCGAACGACGCCGCCGCCGCGCCGACGCUCGCGGAAGACGCCGCCGCCGCCGCCACAGACGCCGUCGCGGUCGCAGACGCGGACACCGCGGCGACCGAGCCGGAAACCGCUGAUGCCGCGGACGCCGCCGCCACCGCCUCCACAAAAUUCCGCGGCGCCGACGCGAACAAGCCCAAGGACUACGAGGAUUUUAAUCCAGACCAGCCGGACAUCGUCCAGAAGUUCGUCAAGCAGCGCGACGACUGGUGGGCCGCGGACUCGCCCUUCCCCGGCGCGCCCGUCGAUAAAAAGGGUGGUGAUGAGGGCCCCAUCGACUCGCUGGCCAAAAUCCCCGUGCCCGCCUAUUUGUGGUUAUUAACGUCCACCGUCGGCGCGAUCGCCUUCGUGGGCUGCAUCUUCCAGCUCUUCUACAACGUGCCGCCGGCACCGGUGCUCGGCGUGCCGCUCACGGCGGCGAUCGGCGUCACGUCGGGCCCCGCGUUUAUCCUGCUCUUCCUCGUCGCGAUCGCGCGGGGGCAGCGCGAGGCCGACGAGGACGACGCGAAGUACAUGUAAUACGUUAGUCUUAG